CUGCGGUUUAAGCGAGGACCAGCGAUCUCUUUCGAGGAGAGAAAAGGGUUUUUUUCCGUGAUGGCGGCGCGUGGGAUCCCCCCCCCGACCGGCCUGCUCCUGCUCCUCCAGCAGCUGCUUCCUCUGGCCUUGUCUCUGCUCCACCACCCUCCCGUCCACGUCCCCGCCCUGCUGCCCCGCGCCCCCACGCCCCUCGCCCGCUCGCGCUUCAGCGCCCGGGCCCGGCUGGACCUCACCACCCGCUGCGACUCCAGCUGCUUCCGCCGGGCGCCGCCGGGCGAGCGGCUGACCGACCAGCUGGCCUUCGAGACGCUGUACGCCGACGGCUCGCGCACCCUCACCGCCGUGGACGUGGAGGGCGGCGGCGGCGAUGGUGGCGGGGACCCGGAGGGGGAUCCCCUCCCCCGGGGGCGCCCGGCUCCCCGCCGCCGGCGCGUGAGGCGGCAGAUCUACGGGGCGGACGGGCGCUUCAACAUCCGGGGAGACCACUUCCUGCUGGACUACCCGUUCUCCACGGCGGUGCGCAUCUCCACGGGCUGCACCGGCGUGCUGGUGUCCCGGCUGCACGUGCUCACCGCCGCUCACUGCGUGCACGACGGCCGGGACUACGUCAACGGGGCGCGGAGGCUCAGGGUGGGCUUCCUCAUCCCCCCCUCCGUCAACGCCAGCCAGAGCGGGGCGGCGUCCGGCGGGAAGCCCCUGGUCCGGUGGGUGAGGGUGAAGCGCACCCGCGUGCCCAGGGGCUGGAUCCAGGGCCCCCAGGAGGUCAGCAUGGACUUCGACUACGCCCUGCUGGAGCUGCGCUGGCCGCACCGCCGUCCCUUCAUGCGGCUGUCCGUGGCUCCGUCCUCCCACGACCUGGCGGGGAACCGCAUCCACUUCUCGGGCUUCGACAGCGACCGGCCCGGGGAGCUGGUGUACCGGUUCUGCCCCGUGGAGGAGGAGUCCAGCGACCUGAUCUACCAGCACUGCGACGCCCGCCCCGGCGCCAGCGGCUCGGGCGUGUACGGGCGGGUGUGGGACGACGGCCUGGAGCGCUGGGAGAGGAAGGUCAUCGGAAUCUUCUCCGGACACCAGUGGCUGGAGAUCGACGGGGAGAACAGGGACUACAACGUGGCCGUGCGCAUCACUCCCCUGAAGUUUGCCCAGAUCUGCUACUGGGUGCACGGAAACCGAUUAGACUGUGUCCAAGACUGA